UCUAUGGCCAGCUAGUAGUUUUACAAAGUUUCUAGCAAGAGAAAUCAUCCAGUCUUUAAGUCAUUGUUGAUCUAAUAUUCUGUAGACACAGUUUGAUAAGCUUAAAGCAGAACCACAUUAAAGUACAAAGCUGUGACAAAGACACACCAAAGGUAAAGAAAAUCCUGCUAUAAAAUAAUACAAUUGGCUUCUUGCAUUAUUAUCGAUAUUUAUUUGCAACGAAGUUGGUUUUUAAAAAGGGUAAUACCCUGCCCCUAUUAUCGGUAUAAAGAUGCUUAGUAAGCACUUUUUAUAGUAGGAUGGGGGAAAUUUUUACUGUACUUGGUAAAUUACAGUAAAUUUGUUGAACCUUGAUAUAUUUGGUAUAUGGCCACUAAAGUAAUUUGCACUACGCAAAUUAUUUUUGCAGCCUACAACUUGCAUGCAACCUGCCUACAACUUGAGUUGCACUGUGCAAAUGAAGCACACAACUCAUUUACGACAAUGUAUUUGAGUUGUGUGCUUGAUUUACACAGUGCAACUCAAGUUGUAAGCAGGUUGCAUGGAACAGGCAAACCUUGUGUAAAAAUUGGCUUAACUGUUAUUGAACUAUUUUGCAGCUUUUUGCUGUUGCGAGGAUGUUAUAGGCUUUAAAACCAGCCCACUGUAUUCCAAACGUUGUUUUACUAUACCAAUAAAAUAUAUAUAAAGCAGCGAGAAUUCAGGAAGUAUUAUUGCUCAAAAUAUAUAAAACAUGCGCUGGCAAUAAGUUACAUAUUUUUAGGUAAUACAUGCAUAUAUACCCUUUAUAUACAAACUCUUAACAGAAGAUUAAAAAUGUAUGUACCAGUACAUUGUAAGUAGAGCUACAAGUCUGCAAAAUGUGUAUUAACUACACACUGAAUAUAAACCAAUAAAGGCACAGGUAUGAGAUGUCAACAAAAUGUUCACACAUGCAGAACUGAAAAUAAAAGCAUGUUAAAGCAAGGGAAAAUUUGCACACACCUUUAAAUUUUGGGAAUAAUCUCUUCCAUGUAGUAUCAUAUUGUGUGCAAAUUCCGGACACGAAUCCAAUCCUCAAAAACAGACUUGUGUAAUCUUGUAAACGAGCGCAGAAUAUCUGCCAUUGCCACGCAUAUAUAGUGUCUUGUUGAACUAGAAGUUGAUAAUAUUCAUUCAGUUUGUCAAACCUACCAAAUAAUCAUUGAUACUUUUUAUUAUACUGAACAUCUACUGUUACAUUUAGACGUCUUAUUGCUUGUGAAAUCAGACCAUACUGAUGCAGUGUCAAAAGGGGAAAACUGUUUCCCCCUUACGUAUUAAUCAUGGACAUAGAUUAACAGCGCCAGUGGAAUUUUUCUCUCAACUAGGGUAGGGGUAAACAGGCAAAUAGUUAAUAUAGUCUUACUAUUUAUUUAAUUUGAAGAGUGUGGAGUAAGUGAGUAAAGCAGGAUUUUGCAGUAUUUCCAGUAUUUCCUGAAACAGAAUUCUUGACGCAUGUAUUAAUUUGGAUUAAUUAUGACUAAAACUGCUAUUGCAGUAUUUACCAAUGUAUGUAUUACAGUGUACAAGACUUAAUAAUCAAAAAGGGCUUUCUAAUACAGAUGUUGUUUCUGCUACGGUUUCUACUAUGGUUUUUAUGCAAAACAUCACAUAAUAUUGUGUGACAAUCUGUGCCUUCUCUAAUAUUGACCUUUGGACUAUUUCUAAAAGUGCUAUAAAACUAAGAAGGCUCUUGAAUUCCAGUGAAUAAAGCCGAUGAUUCUAACCUUUUUCCCAAUCACAGAUGUUGAUUCAAUGUCUCCCACAAUUGAUCCUUUAUUUGAUCUACCUUUGGAGUUUAGUUGAAAAUGUAUUAUAUUUCAUAACCAAAGGCAAAGACAUCAUGUCAGAUCUGGUGUGAUGUAUGUUAAUGACUGUUUGCUCUAUAUUAUUCUUCAAGAAAGUUCAUCUUGGCAAUAUUCACACAGCCUCGACCAAAUGCACUAGAUCAGUUUCAUAAAUGUAUGUAUGUAUGGUAUCAAAGAUAUGUUUGUAUGAUGGCAGCUAUUGCACUUUACUUCAGAAAACAACAAUUUCCAAUCAUCGAUUUAGGAUUAUUAUAUUCAGCUGUAAACGUUUUAUUCAAGGUUGCCUAAUUCUCAUGCUAUUUUCUAGUUCUUUGGGUAUUUACAAAGGCAAUAGCAUCAUCUUUUGUCUUGUAGUUCUUUCUUGCAUUCCACCUUAUUUUGUGUUACUAAACUAUGUAUUUAGCAACUCAGUCCUUAUUCCUUAACACGUCAGACAACCACAAACCUUCAAGUAUGCAAAACCUCCUGUGGACUGAUUGCGACCACAAAAUGCGUGACUGGACCCAGCUACAAGCAGACUUUGAUCAUUACCUGGCCUGUGUCAUUAUGUCUAAGCAUGUUCAAGCGACUGUUUGCUUAAUUUAUAAAUACAAUAUUAAACAUGUGAGUCACUGCAACCACGGCUGCAACCACGUGCUGCAACGUAAUUGAACAGUCUGAUAUAUUACACAGCACUUUUGCUUCCCAUAUAUAAUCAUGCACAAUUCCGAUUUCAUCACAUUUACGGAGAAAUAAUAUGGAAGAUCGGUGGUGAAAAACGUUGUAACCAAGUAGCCAAAAAAUAGAAUAUAAGUGUAUAAACAAGAAAAGGUAACGUUUUGUCAUUAUUUAAAACAUAAUAUUUCCCAUCGUCAAAUAUGAUAUAAAUAUAUAAUACAUUGUCAUUGCUAGCGUAGUAGCGUUUUGGCGUAAUAGGUUGACCUUAUUCUGAUAACACCUUAUAAACUCUUGAAGACUUGAUAAGAAUCUUCAUUCAUUUGUGAUUCAGUGUUAGUCUCGGUGUGAAAACCUUUCGUAAACUUUCUCCCGAACAACACUUUGAACACAUAGUUUAUAUGAACCCUUAAUUAAUAUAGUCGGGUCGGCAACUAUGACGCAAUAUAAAUUAAUUAAAACAGCAUGCACCUUUUGUUCUUGUUCAUAUCACACGUUGACACGUAUUUUGUAAAAACACGUGUUCUUUUGAUGUUCUUUUAUUUGCAUACGCCGAAAUGUUUAGUUGAUUAUUAAAUUGUGAUUGGAAUUUUUUAUUUUAAAUCUAAGGUUAAUUCGUAAACCAGUGUGUAUUAUGGAAGCAAGUGACGCAACUGCCACUACAAAAAGUCAGGAGUCCAUGGAAUUUGAAGAGGAGUCCAAACCUGAACAAUGCCGCGGUCUUUUUGUACAACAAAACCCAAAAAUAUUUCAAGGAGAACAAAGUCAGGAGUCCGUCGUUAUCUUUUGUGAAAAUAUGAAGAAAUUGAAAUGGAGAUGUAUAACAAAACAUGAUAACAGUAUCGUCUUAGUGAAACGUGGUGUAGCAGAAUCAUUAGAAACAUAUGAAACUGGUUUAAAAUCAUUAGAUAUUCAGUGUUUGGACUAUUUUACAUCAUUAAAAUAUCAAGUUUUCCCGUCAUCUGAUACCAUUUCAAGCAACGAAGAAGCAUCUGCUGCAAGCGUUAACUCAUGUGACUGUUCCAGUUGUUUCUCAACAUUGAGAAAUACUUUACAUUCAGCGAGCACUGAGCAAUGGGUAUGCUUUUGGAUGUGUCGUGGGAAAACUUAUCUUUCCAUAACUGACGAGCAAACCAGUGUCCCUGUCGAAGAUUUUAACCAACUUGAAACUCUUUUUGGGCAACUUACAAAGUUAAAUAGCGAUGCAGCCAGCAUAGUAAACACUCGAGUUCCUUUGGGUGAAACAGAAAAUGACGUGAAAACCGUUAUUACGUCACAUAUUAUUAGUCAGGAAGAAUUCUUUAAGGAGAUGAACGAGAUAGUUUAUCAAAAGCGUAAGAUAUUAAAAAAAGUGAAUACGUUGAUACAUAAACAUUGUGGAACUGCUGAAGAUGAUUCGGCAAGUAAGAUAGAAGCUCCUUCCAAUGUUGCACCAGCUCCAGUUUCUAGAAAUACGUCUGCAAAUAAUGAUGAUUUACAUGUUCUUCAAGCUGGAGGUUCAAUUCCCUUACGUACCCUACUGCAGUGCAUUGUGGUACGUUUGACUCCUUCUAACUGGAUGGAACUACGUCGCUAUGUCGGUCGUGACGUUCCUUUAAGAGUUCUUGGAAAUAUCUCGGACAACAUCGACUUUUUCCAAGAAUUAGAAAAUCGUGCUAUGAUACAACUUGGAAAUACGGAAUACAUUAGAAAUGGAUUCUAUGAAAUCGGACGUGUUGAUCUCGUUCAUUUACUGGACUGCAUUCAAGAUGGCGACUAUAGUUUAUUGAACCCGGAUACAGUUAGAGAACGAAGAAUUCGCAGCGACGAUAGUAAUUUGGAAAGCAGAGCCCGCUCGUUGGUACGUCAAAUGCGAGAUUUCACUAUAGACAGAGGAAGAAAUGACAAUACUGCUGACCAAAGUAGUUUACGGUCUUCCUCUGGAGCUAAUACCCAGUCCUCUGUAAGUGAAAUGCGCGAGGUGGUCGUGACAGAUGGACAGAUAGCAAGAUCUCCACCUAAUGUGGCUGGUAAUAGUAAUGCAAGAGACAGACCUUUACAACGAAGAUACCGUAAUGUACCUCAACGUACUGCACCAUCCACAGCUUAUCCUGUACAGGAACAAAUAGAGGACGGUAUUCAUACCCGGGAGCAAAUCCCCGAAAACGUAUCUAACAACGAAGGAGAAACAUCUGCCGGAAAUACAGACGAUGCAUCCAUCCAGAGUACAAAUGCAGAUGGUUUAACUCCCCAGAGUACAAAUUCCGAGACUACAUUUCCCCAGGGUGAAAAUACGGAGGAUACACCUGCCCCAGGUGAAAAUACGGUGGAUACACUUCCCCAGGGUGAAAAUGCGGAGGAUACACUUCCCGUAGGUGAGAAUGCGGAAGACACUCUAGUAUGGGUGAUGAGAAGAGAAUAUUCUUGUGCACAUUAUGAUCGCUAUUGUAAUGCUCAGUUCGCAUGCUGUGAACCUUUCUGGCCCUGUCACCGUUGUCAUAAUGCAUCGAGUCAGUGUGGUGAGACAAAACUGAGAUCACGUGAUAUAAAGAAACUGAAAUGUCGUAGGUGUGGUAAAGUACAAGAUUUCCCCAAAGAAUCGCCUAAUUGUGUUGAAUGCAACUUGAAGUUUGCUGAGUAUUUCUGUGCAAUAUGUCAGCAUUUGACAGGAGAGCAGAAUCGCCCAUUUCAUUGCGAGAAAUGUGGUAUCUGUAGGUAUGUACCAUAAAUGAAUACUUUUGCAUUCCAGAUUUUUUCUCUACUACUUAAUGCGCUGUUACACAAGUUGCGUGGUGUAACACACCUUGCAAACGUUGAGUCGCAUAACGUGUUCGUAGCAACGAGCGUAACACAAAGUAGAACCUAAUCUACCUCCUCUGCAGGCCGUAGUGAAUUUCCUAGUCUCGUAGGGCAGGGUAUGCCCGUUCGCAGGUUAGAAAAUUGAAACGUUGAAGGAUCGCGUGAUUUUGAUCCAGUGACGCUUCCUUGCAAGACUCGACGAUUGCAGGAGAUGUUAGUACGCUUUGCAAUCUUAAAAAUCUUUACAUACAACAUAAUAUAUUAAGCCGGUGUUCCAUUAGGCGGAAUUUUGCGCGUGGAGCCGAAUUUUUCUUUGUCUUGUGAUUUCUCGGGUGGAAGUAAUUAGCAAAGACAAAGAAAAAGUCCGCUCCACGCGCAAAAUACAUUCAUUUCAGCACCUCGUAACCAUUUACACUACGCAGUAUUUUUAAAUUCUGCCCCAGGUUUUUUCUGUAGCUUGUUCCCAAGUGAUGUAAUUAGGAAAUCACGGUAAUAUUUUCUCUUCUGUUCUAGGGUACAUGGAGAUCGCUCGUUUCAUUGUGAUACCUGUGGUGUGUGUUUGGAUGUUAAUCUUCGUGGAAAUCACAGAUGUCGUGAAGGAUCUGCCCAUGAUUCGUGCUGCAUCUGUGGCGAAGUAAGUUCAGCGCAAUCAACUCAAGUAGACUUUUGUGUAAUGUGAUAGAGAGUUAAGAUUGGUUUGCACGCUAUCAAAGUUUCUGGUGAACACAGUAGGAAUAUUCCACUGGUAAAUUCUAGGUUUGGAAGAAUUUGUAAGAAAUGUUUGUGGGAACGAACUCGGUAUUAAACCAUAGACGGAUUUUCAUAUUUAUUACUGGGGUGGUGCCAGAAAUUUUAGGGGGGUGAGCCAUGAGCAGGUGACUGAAGCAACACAAAGUGUCACCAAACCCCAGUAAGGUCUAUAUUCUAGGGGUGGAGCACUAGAGCCGCGAGGGGAGUCUAGAGAGCAGGAACAAAGUACCCCAGGAAACAUUUGAAAAAAAUCAUGAUUUCUAGCUUCAAAAGAAAGUUUUUUGAAGUUGUCAAUUUGUCAUAUCAAUGGAUUUGGCAUGUCCGAUUGUCUGUUGAGACUUGAGAGAGUUAAAGACUUAAAGUUAAAUGAACCUGUAAAGUGUAACCCCAAUAGGCCAAUACACAAUAUGCUUUUACUUUUAUAAAGUCAUUGACAUUGUGUUGUUUGAAUCCGAGUACAAUAUAUGAUGCAACUCCGAUGUAAAUAAUAUCUGGGGCGUAAAGAUUAAAUCUAGGCAAGUCUAUUUCCUAAAAGAAUUAAAAACUAAAAAUAGUGUUCGUAAAAAUUCCUAACGUUCCUUGCGUGCAAGCUAUUCGCAUGACAAGGCACUGCAAACUCUAUUCAGGGAAGAUAAUAGAGUUUCAAAACUUUACAAUUGCUCCAAUAAACCAGUGAAUGCAAGCGAGGAGCAAUUAGUUUCAGAGUGUUGCACUGUCUUUUUCUGUUCGAGUGUACUCCUACGUUUAUUUUGUAUCAUCAACACUCUGCACGUUAGAGGGGACUAUUUAAUUAUUUAUUUAUUAUGCCGAAUAUUGGGGGGGUUGAAAUUUUUUUCGGAGGGGUGGACAUUUUGUUUGGGGGGGGGUUAUAGCUAAUAUUGGGGUGGUAGCACCCCCCUGCACCCCCCCAGAAAAUCCGUCUAUGUAUUAAACACCGAGUCGGUUUCCUCAAACAUUUCUUACAAAUCCUUCAAAACUUAGAGUUUACCCGUGCAAAAUUUCUACUGUGAUCACAGAAACUUUAAUUGUGUCAACCAGGCUUAAAAACAUACUAAUUUGAAUGUUUUUAUCAGGAUGCAUUUACGGGAUGUCAGAUAUUGCCUUGUUCCCACAAAGUUCAUAAAGAGUGUGUGAGCCAAUUGAUUGAAAACGGAACGUAUGUAUACUAGUUCUUGUUUCUUGAAAACAU